CGGAGCCGCUCCCAGCCCAGCCCAGCCCAGCCCAGCCCGGCCCGGCCCGGUACGGACGGGAACGGCGGCGGCUCCGGGGCUCGGCGGCGGCUCCGGUGCUCACCGGGAUGGGGGGACACGGGGACAACUACUACGGCAAACACGGAACACCACAGAAGUAUGACCCGACUUUCAAAGGCCCCAUCUAUGACAGGGGCUGCACGGACAUCGUCUGCUGUGUCCUGCUGGUGGUGGCCAUCGUGGGCUACGUGCUGGUCGGCGUGGUGGCCUGGACCCACGGAGACCCCCGCAAGGUGAUCCACCCCACGGACAGCCGCGGGCAGUUCUGCGGGCAGCAGGGGACCCCCAACGAGAAAAAACCUUUCCUUUUCUACUUCGACAUCGUCAAGUGCGCCAGCCCCUUGGUGCUGCUGGAAUUCCAAUGCCCGACCACGCAGAUUUGCGUCAGUAAAUGCCCGGAUCGCUACAUGACCUACCUGACGGCUCACGGCAACGCCGCGGCGCUGGAAUAUUACCGGAAUUUCUGCAGCCCGGAGUUCAGGAACUCGCGGAAGGCUCCCGUGGAGGUGCUGAAGGACAAGGAGUGUCCGGCCAUGCUCAUUCCCAGCACGCCGCUGGCACGGAGAUGUUUCCCGGCCAUCCAGGCCAAGAAAGGCGUCAUCAUGGUGGGCAACGAGACCACCUACGACGAUGGCCAGGGGCGCCGCAGGAACGUCACCGAGCUGCUGGAAGGCGCCAAAAAAGCCAACGUGGUGCUGGAGACCCGUCAGCUGGCCAUGAAGAUCUUCGAGGAUUACACCGUGUCCUGGUAUUGGAUCAUCAUAGGUUUGGUCAUCGCCAUGGUGGCCAGCUUGAUCUUCAUCGUCCUCCUGCGAUUCCUGGCCGGGAUCAUGGUCUGGGUGAUGAUCGUCAUGGUGAUCCUGGUGUUGGGAUACGGAAUCUUCCACUGUUACAUGGAAUACUCCAAAUUAAAAGGGGAAGCGGGGUCGGACGUGUCCCUGACGGAUCUGGGCUUCCAGACCGAUCUCCGCGUCUACCUCCACCUGCGGCAGACGUGGCUGGCGUUCCUGAUCAUCCUGUGCGUGCUGGAGCUGGUGAUCGUCCUGCUGCUCAUCUUCCUCCGCAAGAGGAUCCUCAUCGCCAUCGCGCUCAUCAAGGAGGCCAGCAGGGCCGUCGGUCACGUCAUGUCCUCGCUGCUGUUCCCCUUGUGCACCUUCUUCCUGCUGUGCCUCUGCAUCGCCUACUGGGCCAGCACCGCCGUCUUCCUGUCCACCUCCAACGAGGCCGUUUACAAGGUGUUCAACGAGUCCGCGUGCCCGUUCUCCGGGCACACCUGCAAGCCCGAGACCUUCAACACCAGCAACGUCACCAAGCUGUGCCCCGACGCCCAGUGCCUCUUCGCGUUCUACGGCGGCGAGACCGCCUAUCACAAGUACCUCAUCGUGCUCCAGUUCUUCAACGUCUUCAUGUUCUUCUGGCUCGCCAACUUCGUCAUCGCGCUGGGCCAGGUGACGCUGGCGGGCGCCUUCGCCUCCUAUUAUUGGGCCUUCAAGAAACCGGACGACAUGCCGGCCUUCCCGCUCUUCUCCGCCUUCGGCCGCGCGCUCCGGUACCACACCGGCUCGCUGGCCUUCGGCUCGCUGGUCCUGGCCAUCGUCCAGGUCAUCAGGGUCACCCUGGAGUACCUGGACCACCGGCUGAAAGCUGCUGAGAACAAGUUUGCCAAGUUCCUCCUGAGCUGCCUCAAGUGCUGCUUCUGGUGCCUGGAAAAAUUCAUCAAGUUCCUCAACAGGAACGCCUACAUCAUGAUCGCCAUCUACGGCACCAACUUCUGCACCUCGGCCCGGAACGCGUUCUUCCUGCUGAUGAGGAACAUCAUCAGGGUGGCCGUGUUAGAUAAAGUCACGGAUUUCCUCUUCUUCCUCGGGAAGCUCCUCAUUGUGGGAAGCGUGGGAAUCCUCGCCUUCUUCUUCUUCACCCAGCGCAUAAAGCUGGUCCAGGACACGGCGCCGCCGCUGAAUUACUACUGGGUCCCGAUUCUGACGGUGAUCGUGGGCUCCUACCUCAUCGCCCACGGGUUCUUCAGCGUGUACGGCAUGUGCGUGGACACCCUCUUCCUCUGCUUCUUGGAAGACCUGGAGCGCAACGACGGCUCGGCGGAAAAACCUUAUUUCAUGUCCCAGAACCUGAGGAAGCUUCUCAAGAAGACCAACAAAGGCCAGCCCGAGGCUUAGCGCCGCCCGUCCCACGUGGAAUUCACCUCCAUGGACCUUGGACCACCCACUCCUCCCCCCCGGCAGCGCUGGGAGGGGGAGAUCGGUAAAAACGCAGAUUUUUCACGACUCGGCCUUAAAUCCUUGCGCUGGUGACGAUGACGAGCUUGUCGCCGCUAACGAGCCGCAGGGCCCCGUGAUAAAAACGGGAGAAAUCCCAAUUCCCGGGGUUCGGCGACUCCGGAGCGAGUUUAGGUGUGUUUGAUCCCAUUUUGAUCCCGUUUUGAUCCCAUUUUGAUCCCGGUGAAGCCUUUUGGGGUCGGCCUUUCCUCAUCGCCCGGGAUGUGGGCGCAGAGGUGACGGUCGAAGGAGCCGGGAGGCUCAGGCAGCUCCUCGUGGGGUGUUUUCCUUGUGACCCCCCCAAAAAUAUUUAAUUACGGUUGUUCAUUCGAGCCAGGACAGGCUGGGAUCGCUUCCCAUCCCUUGCUGCCCUUUUGACACCCCAGAGCCCCCGUUCUGGGCCCUAAUUAAUUAAUUCUUUUAGGAAUAAGCUAAUUAAUGCUCUCGUAGCCAUUGCAGGGAGCGAAGGUGAAGGAGAGGGGGGCCGUGAGCAGAAUUUGGCUCUGUCCGGUUCUGGCGCCGCUCGAGGACCUGCAGAUUCCACAGAUUCCUCCCCAAAAAUCUGCGCCUGCUCCCCCAAAGUUGUCGCUUUAGGGCACGGCCUCCCCCAGCUCCUUUCACCUGGGUGAGGGGUUUUGGGACCCCCGCCCCAGAGCGUGGGGAGGGGGCUUGGAUGGACCUUGGGGAGGGGUUUUGGUUUAAUUCCGGGUGAUUUUAGCAAAGCCAGUGGCAGCCGACACCUCGUGGCUCUUGCCAGGAGGGGAAAAAAGGGAGUUAUUUUUUGAGCUGAAAAGGGGUCAAUUAACUCUAAAAUAUAAUUAACUCAAGCUUAAAAUAUAACAGAAUUAACCCUCAGAGCUGGUGGAGCCACGGGAGCAGAGCCACCGUCAGCAAUUGGGAUUUUUUUUUGGGCUCAUUUGUUCAAAAAGGAUUUAAAGAAACGCUCUGAGGAUUUGGGGGAUGAGUCCCACCUCCCCCCCCCGUCAGGGCUCCAGGAAUUGGUGCUGAGGGAUCCCUUUGGCUGCUUUUUAUCCCAAUUCCUUUAUUUUGUAUCAUCCAGGGGGCAUUUCUAUGGAAUUAUCCAAUGCUUUGGGGGAGCUUUUGUAUAUUUUGCUUUUCCAGGAUGUUUUUUUUUGGUUAGGGUUAUUUGGAGCUUUUCCAGUGAAUUUUUGGGGGCAAGCUUUGGUUUCUCUGACGCCGCCGGGCAGAGCUUCCCGUGCUGGAAUCAAACACUGAAAUUUCCCUAAUUUAUUUUUAUUUUUUAAAAAUUCCCUAAAUUUUCCCUUUUCCCACCUCGUUUUUCAGCAGACAGAGGAGUGGAAGGGAAAAUUGAAGCCAAAAAAAAAAUGAAGGAAAAGGUAAAACUGGAAAGGUGAAGGGAAAGACAGAAAAGGUGGAAAAAAAGCUAAAAAAGUAACAGUAAAGCUCAACAGAAAAAUGUCAAAUGGAGCUAAAAAGAGGCAAAUCCUCCCUGUUUGGGAGAAGUGGGAAUAAUUCAGGGAAUAAUUACCUUUUUCCACUUACAGCCAUUCCAGCACCUCCAGUCUUGUGUCCUGCAGCUCCUGAUGCUGGUUCUGGAUUCAUUUCUUCCCCUCCCUGUGCAGGUUUCAGGGUGGUUUUGGUUUUAUUUCUGCUCAGAAUGUUCGUGUUGGGGGCGAAUUCCCUCUCGCUCCUCGAUUUUCAGCUGUUUUCCACCUAAAUCCUGACCCUUUGGGUGUGGGAAACAGCCGAGGAGUAGCGGGAACUGGGUUUAUUUGCUUAAAAAAGGCAAAAAACCGGCAGGAAUUGGGAAAUCUGGAAGGAAAAGUGGUGAGGGAGAGGAGAAAUUUGGGAAAAUGUGUUCCUGGGGAAGCCAGGCUGGCUCGGCUGCCUCCCAGCAACACAGGAUUUGAGGAGAAUUAAGGAUUUUUAUUCCCAAUAAGUGCCAAGUGGCUUUUUAGAGGUGAAAACUGAUGGUGAUGGGGAGAGGUGAGGGAAAUAUUCCUGUAAAUUUGGUUUUUUUGGAAAACCCAGAGCGAGGACAGCUGUCUAGGAGAAUUUGGUGUCUGGAACAGCUUCACCCCAAGACUGGUUUCCUUCUCUCAGGCAAAGCUCCAUGUUCAAGGCGUUAAAUUACAGAAUUUAGGAUUAACGGUGCUUUUUUCCCUGUCUAGAAACGUUGCUUCUGUCCCUACAAACCGGAUUGUUCUGUGUGCAAAGAAAACAACCCCAAAUCCUAAACAAAAUAAGUGCUAAAACCCGCAGGGGCUGAUGUUUUACACAGAAAUUCUCAUUUUUCACAUGUUUUUGAGGCAUUAACGGUGCUGUGAUGCUCCGGAGUCUCUGCGCGGUUCCGUCAGCGUUGCCACCAACAAUAAAAAAGUGCCUGUUUGGA